GCCGGCGGUCUGGUUCCUGGUACUCGCAUCAAACUCCCGGCAACCCGAUCGUGUCUCCACCAAAGGGUCAAUACGAAAGCGAUUCGCUGCAAUGUCAGAAGCAUAACCCAAAAACCUCCUCGAACUCUCUCUCCCUCCGCCAUCGGACUCAAUCUCUCCUCUCAGUCAUUUUCUCAAACACCUUCGCUGCAAUCAAAUUCAGCAACCCAUCCUGAGCACAAUGCUUCGAAGGUCAGUUGUGGAACUAUCAUUUUGUCGGUCUCUUAGGAGGAUACCGCGGCAGGUCACUGCUCAGCCUGCAUCAUCAUUUAUUUAUUUGAGAAAGGAAUUUUCAACUGUGCCUGGGAAAGGUGCUUCUUCAAAACCUCGUCCCUCUGGAAACCCACCUGAAUCAAAGGGUGGCUUUUCUACUGUUGCCCUUGGAGGCGCUGUAAUUAGUGGUGCUCUCUUGGUUGCAUACCAAUCUGGAUACUUAGACCAAUAUCUUGGUAAACAACAGACCCAUGUGUCAGAUGAUUCAGCAGAUAUUGCUGUUGAUAAGAAAGAAGAAAGAGAUAUCAAACAUAUUGAGGAGCCUAUAGUUUCUCAGAACAAAGAACCAAACCUAUCCAACCCUUCUGUGGAGCUUCCUGAGCUGAAGGCUCAAACUCAUUCUGAUCUUGCUCAUCCUCAAACUAAAACUGAAACCCAAGACCAAAACCAGUCUCAAGUGGAGAACAAAUCAGAUGUGACACAUGAAGAAGUCCUAGUUCCCGUGCAGGAGAAGGAACUGCCAGAACAUUUUCAGAGCACAGAGUCAUCUGCUGAUCAUUAUCCGCGUUCUGGAAUACCAUCUCAAGGAAAUCUAGAAAAGAUUGAGUCAAAAACAAUUGAACAAGAGGACAAAUCACAAACUACUUCAGUGGACAUCCAGUCAAGUGCUGCCUCCAAAGACGAUGAGGAAAAUACUAAUGCUCCUCCACCUGUCAAUACAGUAGACAAAGCAGAGGAUGUACACAGUAAAGGUGCAGAAGAACCAAGUCCUCUUCUUGAUACAUAUCAUCUAAGGGACAAAGAACUUUCUAAAGAAGCAGAGGCUUUUGCCACAACAAUGGAGGAACUGAAUGAAGGAAAUGGAGGAUAUUUAUCGAAGGAUGGAAAGUUGGUUUUUGAUUUCUUACAAGCUAUUCAUGCUGCUGAGAAGCGGCAAGCUGAGUUAGAUGCACUUGCUUUUGCUGAAGAAAAAAGAGUAUUGAAGGAGAAGUUUGAAAAAGAAUUAAGGGAUUUAAGAGCCCGGGAACUUAUGCGUAUAGAAGAAGCAGCCAUACUGGACAAGGAACUAAAGAGGGAGAAAGCAAAAGCAGCUGCUGCUGUGAAGUCUCUUCAAGAGAAAAUGGAAGAGAGACUUAAGACAGAGCUUGAGCAAAAGGAAAGAGAAGAAGAAUUAAAGCUGCAAAAAGCUCAGGAGUUAGCAAAAGCAGAACUGGUUGCAGCAAUUGCAAGUGAGAAGGCAGCACAGAUUGAAAAAGUGGCAGAAGCAAAUCUUCAUAUAAAUGCCUUAUGUAUGGCUUUUUAUGCACGAACUCAAGAGGCACAUAAGAGGCACUCUGCUCACAAGCUUGCUUUGGGAGCGCUUGCACUAGAAGAUGCACUCUCCAAAGGAUUGCCAAUCCAAAAAGAAAUAGAUGCUCUGAAGACUGAUUUUGAAGGCAUUGAGAAAGAUUCAGUCCUAGAUUUGGUCCUGUCAUCUCUUCCAGAAGAAACCCGGUACCAUGGAACAGAUACUGUUCUGCAGUUGAAUCAAAAGUUUAAGGCCUUGGAAGGGACCCUUCGACACUUCAGCCUAAUUCCACCAGGUGGUGGUGGCAUCAUGACACAUUCUUUAGCACGUGUUGCAUCCUGGUUAAAGGUCAAAAAAGUUGACCAAUCUGGUGAAGGCAUUGAAUCUGUAAUCUGUAGAGUUGAGAAUUACUUAUCUGACGGAAAGCUUGCAGAAGCAGCAAGUGCUCUUGAAGAAGGUGUCAAAGGUAGCCAGGCGGAGGAGAUAGUCAGUGAUUGGGUGAAACGUGCAAGGGAUAGAGCAAUCACAGAACAAGCUUUAAUGGUACUUCAAUCAUAUGCUACUUGCAUUAGUCUUACUUAAUUGCAACUUUCAGGACAUUAGCAACCAACGCAUCAAAAGAGUACUGCAAAUUACCAUGAUGCAUUUUUCUUGACAUUCUAUAGUGUAGAUCAUCUAUGAUACUGGAAUAAAAUUUUGUUUAUUUUCAUGCUAACGAAGUCCAGAUGUCCUUUUCUGUGAGAAACGUGGAAUUAUUGACAUGCAUGCUUGUUGGAAUAAACAUGGAUACUGAUGGAUACUUGAACUUCCAUUAAUUUGUAAUUUUCUUCACCAUGUUUUAGUAUUC